AUGGCUGACAGUAACACACUUAAACAAAAACUGGCAGAGACGAUAGAGCUCGCAGACAAAGUAACCAACACACACGAGCCAACCAUUCCUUUCAAACAAGAAUUCGGGGAGCUCAAAUCCAAAACGAUCAAACUCUCCUCUCUACUCCGGCAAGCAUCGGCCGCAGCUUCCGAACUCUACAUGCAACGUCCGAUGUGGUCGAUCGUCCAGCAAACCGAACAUGUACUCUAUAAAGCUCUUUUGUUGGUCAUCAAGUGCCGCCCAGAUAAUAUCAAGAAACGCAUCUUCACCAUCAUCCCAGUUUCAGCUUUCCGAAAAACAUCUUCCCGACUUGAAAACUCCAUCGGCGACUUUACAUGGCUCCUACGCAUCUCCAACCCUGGCGGAGAUCACGGCAGCGAGUAUGAUACUCAUAUCCUUCCUUCUGUAGCUUUCAACGAUCCAAUCAUUGGCUUAAUUUGGGAACUGAUCGCUAGUCUGUGUACGGGCUCACAGGAGGAUCGUUCGGAUGCAGCAGCUUGCCUUGUGUCACUCGCACAUGAAAGUGAUCGUUACGGGAAAAUGAUAAUUGAGGAAGGAGGAGUGGGACCACUGUUGAAGCUGAUGGAGGAAGGGAACUCAGAAGGCAAAAAUAAUGCUGCAAAAGCCAUUCGUCUCCUCAAAGUCAUCAACUCCGUCGUCAUACUCAUCACCAGUGCCUCUAUGCGGACGCCAGAUUUAAGUGCCUUAACUUAUUUUUAA